GAGGGGAGGGAUCGAGAGAGCGGGGAGAGAGAGAGAGGCUGCAAUCUCCUCCCUGAAUCGCGCACAGCGCUGCAGAUCCCUCAGCUCCGACAUGCGGGCCGAAUGCAGGUGAGGAAAGGCACGGACUCUGCGGCUGCAAACCCAAACUUGGGCACCGCGCGGUGCGCACGGCUCAGCCUUCGCCCCCGCGGGCGAACGGCUGCUGCGGUUUCAGGCGGCAGCUUCGUGACUAAUGACCUUGCGCAGAGUUAAGAAAAAAAGAGAAACCCGAGCUCUUGGGGGUGAGAAAGGACUGACUCUGGGCGUCUCUGAAGAUGGCUCGGGCUGCUGUUUGGCGCGCGGGGAGAACCCGGACGCGGAUAGCUCUGUGACGCGAGUGAUCUCCACUGCACGGAGCCCGAAGCGACCUGUCGGGGAUUUUUCCUUCUAGAUCAGUUGACUGGCUCUCCCGCUAGCUGAGCAGAGUCGGAGUUGAGACUGGCUUGUUGCUGGCUCCGACACCUCGUGCAGGAAGCGACUCACGUUUGUCUAGGUAGCGGGAGAGAGGCUGGGUCUAGAGUGAGUGGCUGGAACAUGAAUUGGACUCUACUCGAGUAGCAGCAAAGACAAGCGGGGUUGGCGUGCGAGAGAGGCUGCAGACUCGCUCCCCGCGGCUUCCCGGUUCCACCGCCCGCUUGCCAGAGCGGUUCCGGCCCCAUCCUACCGUGCGGGGACUGGCGCCCGGGAUUCUCCGCCCGCUGCGGGGAUGACUCUGGGGGGGCACCGAGUCCGCGGCGCGCAGUGUCCCGUGAACUGUGAGUACUGCGACUGAACGGCGGCUGGCGAGCGGGCGAUUAGCACCCAGUGCAUGAAUUAUGAAACAAUAACUUUCAGAAGAAGCAAGAGGAAAACAGAAGGAUCUACCACCGUUCCCCUCGGGCCGCCUCUGCUCCCUGCUUUUGCCCCCUCCCGCCUCUCCCUCUCGCUUCUUCUUUUCCCGGAGAGGGGAGAGGACUGGGAGGAGGGCAGGCGGCGGGCCCCAGAGGAGGGGGGCGCCUAGGGGGCUGUGAUUAGAAGGAGCAGUAGCAGCAGCAGCAGGAGAAGAUGCUGAGGAUGCGGACCACGGGAUGGGCGCGCGGCUGGUGCCUGGGCUGCUGUCUCCUCUUGCCGCUUUCGCUCAGCCUGGCGGCCGCCAAGCAACUCCUCCGGUACCGACUAGCCGAGGAGGGCCCGGCAGACGUUCGCAUCGGCAACGUAGCCUCGGACCUGGGCAUCGUGACCGGCUCGGGUGAGGUGACUUUCAGCCUUGAGUCGGGCUCGGAGUACCUGAAGAUCGACAACCUCACAGGCGAGCUGAGCACAAGCGAGCGGCGCAUCGACCGGGAGAAGCUGCCCCAGUGUCAAAUGAUCUUCGACGAGAACGAGUGCUUCUUGGACUUCGAAGUGUCUGUGAUCGGGCCCUCGCAGAGCUGGGUGGACCUGUUCGAGGGUCGGGUCAUCGUGCUCGAUAUCAACGACAACACGCCCACUUUCCCGUCGCCCGUGCUCACGCUCACGGUGGAGGAGAACCGGCCGGUGGGCACUCUCUACCUGCUGCCCACCGCUACAGACCGCGACUUCGGCCGUAACGGCAUCGAGCGCUACGAGCUGCUCCAGGAGCCCGGGGGCGGCGGCGGCGGCGGAGGCGAGGGCCGGCGAACGGGGCCUGCCGACAGCGCCCCCUACCCCGGGGGCGGCGGGAAUGGCGCUAGUGUCGGCGGCCCUGGCGGCUCCAAAAGGCGGCCGGACGCACCAGAGGGCGGCGGGACCAACCCCAGUGGCCGAAGCAGCGUGUUCGAAUUGCAGGUGGCCGACACCCCGGAUGGCGAGAAGCAGCCGCAGCUGAUCGUGAAGGGGGCGCUGGACCGUGAGCAGCGAGAUUCCUACGAGCUGACCCUGCGGGUGCGUGACGGUGGCGACCCUCCUCGUUCGUCUCAGGCCAUCCUGCGGGUGCUCAUUACCGACGUGAAUGACAACAGCCCCCGUUUCGAGAAGAGUGUGUAUGAGGCCGACUUGGCAGAAAACAGCGCCCCGGGGACCCCCAUUCUUCAGCUGCGUGCCGCCGACCUGGACGUUGGGGUCAACGGGCAGAUCGAGUACGUAUUCGGGGCAGCAACAGAGUCGGUAAGGCGGUUGUUGCGCCUGGACGAGACGUCGGGCUGGCUCAGCGUCCUUCACCGGAUUGACCGGGAGGAGGUGAACCAGCUGCGCUUCACGGUCAUGGCCCGCGACCGCGGGCAGCCCCCCAAGACCGACAAGGCCACCGUGGUCCUCAAUAUCAAGGAUGAAAACGACAAUGUGCCGUCUAUUGAAAUUCGCAAGAUCGGGCGCAUCCCACUUAAGGACGGAGUGGCCAACGUGGCGGAGGACGUUCUGGUCGACACUCCGAUUGCCCUAGUGCAGGUGUCCGACCGAGACCAAGGCGAAAACGGGGUGGUCACCUGCACCGUGGUGGGCGACGUGCCCUUCCAGCUCAAGCCAGCCAGUGACACAGAGGGCGACCAGAACAAGAAAAAGUACUUCCUACACACCUCCGCCCCUUUGGACUAUGAGACCACCAGGGAGUUCAACGUGGUCAUCGUGGCUGUGGACUCCGGCAGCCCCAGCCUCUCCAGCAACAACUCUCUGAUUGUCAAGGUGGGAGACACCAACGACAACCCGCCAGUCUUUGGCCAGUCGGUGGUGGAGGUUUACUUUCCAGAAAACAACAUCCCUGGCGAGAGGGUGGCCACUGUGUUGGCGACAGACGCUGACAGCGGGAAAAACGCAGAAAUCUCCUACUCCCUGGAUUCCUCUGUGAUGGGGAUCUUUGCCAUCGAUCCCGAUUCUGGGGACAUCCUCGUGAAUACCGUGCUGGACCGCGAGCAGACUGACAGGUAUGAGUUUAAAGUUAACGCCAAAGACAAAGGCAUCCCGGUGCUACAAGGUAGCACCACAGUGAUUGUGCAGGUGGCUGACAAAAAUGACAAUGACCCUAAGUUUAUGCAGGACGUCUUCACCUUUUAUGUGAAGGAAAACUUGCAGCCCAACAGCCCCGUGGGGAUGGUCACAGUGAUGGAUGCUGACAAGGGGCGCAAUGCGGAAAUGAGCCUGUAUAUAGAGGAGAACAGUAACAUUUUUUCCAUUGAAAAUGACACUGGAACCAUUUACUCCACAAUGUCUUUUGACCGGGAGCAUCAGACUACAUACACAUUCAGAGUCAAGGCCGUGGAUGGGGGUGAUCCUCCCAGAUCUGCCACAGCCACUGUUUCUCUUUUUGUGAUGGAUGAGAAUGACAAUGCUCCCACAGUUACCCUUCCCAGAAACAUUUCUUACACUUUACUGCCACCUUCAAGUAAUGUCAGGACUGUAGUAGCUACAGUGUUGGCAACAGAUAGUGACGAUGGCAUCAAUGCAGACCUGAACUACAGCAUUGUGGGAGGUAAUCCCUUCAAGCUGUUUGAGAUUGAUUCCACCAGUGGUGUGGUAUCCCUAGUGGGAAAACUCACCCAAAAGCAUUAUGGUUUGCAUAGGUUGGUUGUGCAAGUGAAUGAUAGCGGGCAGCCUUCCCAGUCUACCACGACUCUGGUGCAUGUGUUUGUCAAUGAAAGUGUUUCUAAUGCAACUGUGAUUGACUCCCAGAUAGUCAGAAGUUUGCACACCCCACUCACCCAGGAUAUAGCUGGUGACCCAAGCUAUGAAAUUAGCAAACAGAGACUCAGUAUUGUCAUUGGGGUGGUCGCUGGAAUUAUGACAGUGAUACUAAUCAUCUUAAUUGUAGUGAUGGCAAGGUACUGCCGGUCCAAAAACAAAAAUGGCUAUGAAGCAGGUAAAAAGGAUCAUGAAGACUUUUUUACACCCCAACAGCAUGACAAAUCUAAAAAGCCUAAAAAGGACAAGAAAAACAAAAAAUCUAAGCAGCCUCUCUACAGCAGCAUUGUGACUGUAGAAGCUUCUAAACCAAAUGGACAGCGGUAUGAUAGUGUCAAUGAGAAGCUGUCAGACAGCCCCAACAUGGGACGAUACCGGUCAGUUAAUGGGGGCCCUGGCAGUCCUGACCUGGCCAGGCACUAUAAAUCUAGUUCCCCAUUGCCUACUGUCCAGCUUCACCCCCAAUCACCAACUGCAGGAAAAAAACAUCAGGCCGUACAAGAUCUACCACCAGCCAACACAUUUGUGGGAGCAGGAGACAACAUUUCAAUUGGAUCAGAUCACUGCUCUGAGUACAGCUGUCAAACCAAUAACAAGUACAGCAAACAGAUGCGUCUACAUCCAUACAUUACUGUGUUUGGCUGAAUUCCACUCUAAUAUGAUGCUCCAUUAUGCACCAUACUCUGAUGACCUUGCUACUCCGAACCUGCUGGAGCCUGCCCUUGACCGUGGGGUGUCAGCCAAUCACUGCUUGUUCCACUUGUGCGUUUUAUUGUCAAGGUUUUAUUAUUUUUUUUCAUCACGAAAGGAAAAAUAGUAUUAAAAUAAAUAAAUUUAUGAAAGAAACAGUGUUAAUAAAGAAAUGUUCUACUGAUGGAUAUCAAGUCACCCAGAAUUCUAUUCUUAAAAGGGGACAUUAGCAGAUUAAUGAAAUUAAAAAAAAAUACAAAGUAUAUUUCAGCAAUAACUUUAAGACUGGCUUUAUGUGAACCAAAGAAAAUUAAGUCUAUUAAGUCUCUGUGUUGUCAUAAACAUGGAAUAACCACUUUGAAUAAAAUCCUACACUGAUCAGUGUUAUUUUAAGUGUUAUAAAAUAACAGCUCUUCCCAGGUCCCAGCUAAGUUUGUUGUGGACUACGUUUAUAUCCAGUUUAUUUGACUUGCUGUCAGAGAACAUAAACUCGAAUAAAUUUGUGAGAAUCCCAUUCAGCAUGUUGCAUACUGCUUAGAGAGCCAGCCACAGAUUUGAAUUGUAUAAGUGAUAUUCAACAUAAAUCAGGGAAUUCUCUGGAUGAUGUCUCCAGCUCUGUAUGUUUGUAUGUUUAUGUCUCCAUUUGUAUUUUUAUGUGUUUGUGCCUAGAAAUAAGUGUUUAGUAAUUUUUGACACAUUUUACCAUUUCAUCUGCCCCAUGAAAGUUUACCAAAGUUUUGAAAUACUGACAGAAAAAUACCAAAUUCUUGAGUUUUUUGUUUUUGUUUUUGUUCUUGUUCUUGUGAAUAAUUCGUUGUUAAUAUAAAAUCUUUCUGAGGAAAGCAAGUAAAUAUUGGACAACAUAGAAGUACAAAGUGCCAGGAAAUGCACUUAACUCAUGUAAAUGUAUAUAUUAUAUAUAAACAUUUAUAUAAGGUUGUUUUAUCCUGUUAGCUGUUUAUUUAAUUUUGCUAAAAGGAAUUUUGCAGAAAUAUAAUUGAGAUCACCGUGAUUUCCUGAAUAAAACCUAAUUAUCCAAAAAUUUUAUUCUGUUGUGAGCAUGAAGAUAAGUAUGAAAAGUUGGUGAAAGAAAUCCGUAUCACUUUCUGCUUCUUGGAAAUGUCAUGUUUCCUCCUCCCAAGUAGUAAAAGUUCUUCGUUAAAUUUAAAUUGUAAACUCUGCAACAAAUCACACCAACUCAAAAACAAAUUUUAGAUUAAAAAAAAAAAACAACAACAAAAAAUACAAUUUGGAAUAAAUGUAUGGACAACUACAUGCAGGGAUGUUUAAGAGUACCUUCAAAGAAAGAACAUUCAAAGGCAUUAUUUUGCAAAUCUGAAUUGCAACACACCCAAGUUAGUGAAUCUCUACCAAAAGUAGAAUGAUAGGAAAUAAAACAGAGGUAUUUGAAGUACUUCACCCAUGUGUCAAGUAAAUACUGUCUUGUGCAAUCUUCCUUUGGUGUGUUUGUGUGCAUGUGUGUAUUUUUGCUUUUUGUUGCCAUGUAAAACAUGUGACUUCUUUAGCAAUUGUGA